AUUUCAAGAAGACUGUUUCAAAGGUGUAGAAAUGGCGACAGUUCCAGGGAGGGAUAAGUACAGGUCUUUCCUUGACGAUGAAACAGAUAACGUUCAAUGGCGACACGGUGGCCCUCCGACAUAUGAUGUCGUCAAUCAGCUCUUCGAACAAGGCCGAACCAAGGAAUGGGAAGAGGGAUCACUUGAAGAGAUAGUGCAGAAUGCUAUAAAGACAUGGGAGAUGGAACUCUCCCACAAGGUUCGACUGCAGGACUUCAAGUCCAUUAACCAGCAAAAGUUCAAGCUCAUCGUUAAUGGAGGAGAAGGAUUAAACGGAGAAGAGGCUCUGAAGAUGGGGAGUUACAAUGCACUAUUGAAGAAUUCACUGCCAAAGGAAUUCCAGUAUUACAGAGCAGAUGAGGAGAGUUUUGAAUCAUCUCACGAAGCAUUUCGUUCGGCUUUUCCACGUGGAUUUGCAUGGGAAGUCAUUGCCGUUUACUCUGGACCUCCUUUGAUUACCUUCAAGUUCAGGCAUUGGGGUAUUUUUGAGGGUCCUUUCAAAGGGCAUGCCCCUACGGGAGAGACUGUUGAAUUCUAUGGCUUAGCAACUGUUAAGGUUGAUGAAAAUCUAAAGGCAGAAGAAGUGGAGGUAUACUAUGACCCUGCACAGCUAUUUGCUGGCCUAUUGAAAGGUCCAUCAAUUUCAGACUCUGCCUCAGCCUGCCCAUUUCAUUCCACCACUUAAAUAAAUCCAUCUGCUUUCGCAUUUCAAUACCUUAAUCACUGCUCAUGUUGUAUUUGCUUUAUUUUUAUUUUCAUCUUCAACUCAUCUGCAUCUUCCGUAAUAAUUAAGCAAAUAGAUUGUUUAAAAUUUGUCUAAA